GCAGCAGGCAUUGUCGUCCUCGCAGCUGACCCUGAGGGUCCCCAAGGAGAGAAGAUGCGAGCGCUCUUUCCAGAGCCCGAGCCUGGGGACCUGAUCGAGAUCUUCCGCCCUUUCUACAGACACUGGGCUGUCUACGUGGGUGACGGCUAUGUGGUCCACCUGGCCCCCCCAAGUGAAAUAGCAGGUGCGGGUGCAGCCAGUAUCAUGUCUGCGCUGGCCGACAAGGCAGUGGUGAAGAAGGAGCUGCUGUGCGACGUGGCAGGCCGGGACACUUACCGCGUCCACAACAAGCACGACGGUCGCUACCAGCCCCUGCCUCGCAGCAAGAUCGUGCAGCGCGCCGAGGAGCUGGUGGGCCAGGAGGUGCUGUACAAGCUCACCUCUGAAAACUGCGAGCACUUCGUCAACGAGCUGCGCUAUGGGGUGGCCCGCAGCGACCAGGUCACAGAUGCCAUCAUGACCGUUGGCAUCGCAGGAGUAGGCUUGGCAGCCUUGGGUCUCAUUGGAGUCAUGCUCUCAAGAAACAAGCGGCAAAAGCAAUAAGAUGCAGGGGAUGGCCUUGUCCGCUCGGACUUGACCCAUGCAAGUGGAAUUUGAUUUGCUUCCAGGUCAACAGUUUUCUUUGUGGCUGUGGUUCUAUUUUAUAAUUAAGGCUUAUUUUCACAGAAUACAAUAAAUACUCGACUGGGGAAUAGCAGCAA